AUGCAAAGUUACAAAAGUUUCAAGAAAAAUUCACUACUAUCAAAACAUUUUUUUUGUCAACAUGCAUCAACUUUAAAAAGAAAAAAAAGUCUCUUAAUUUCCGAAGACACCAAAAGAAACCAAAGAGUAGUAGAACAAAUUUAUCUUACAUUAGCAGAUAGUCAUUACAUCUGUAAGAAGAAACAAAAUGAAUUCUUUUCCUUCUCCUUAAAAAAAAUCAUUUUCUCAUAUAUAUUACACAAAAUAAAAAAUAUAGGAAAAGUGCAUGGUUGGACGAGCAGUACAAUAACUAAUCAGAACAAUUCCCAUAUUCAUGCUCAAGUUAGAAAUAAUACUCAGAAAUUUCAUUCUUUCAACUCUUAUCACGAUAAGUUCCAUCGUCACAAUCAUAGCCUUUCAAAAAAUGAAAUAUCCCACAACUGCAUUCACCCUUAUAUGGACUAUCCGAGGAAUGCCAGAAAAAAAUUUUUAGCACAUAACUACCAACGCAAAACUAAACGUAACUUAAAAAACUGUAAAAAUGAAAAACUGAAUCUUGAAAAAUUUCAUUCAUGUCAAUACACAAAAUGCAACAAGACUCUGUAUCCGAAUUAUUAUCCUUUCGAAAAGGGAAUAACAAACAGGUAUCAAUACUUCUCAUAUGUGUCUUUUAAACAGUUCGGGACGGAUGUUCAGAAGGGGAGGGAUAAAAAGAAACAAACUGAUUGCCUGAAUAAGGUCAGGCAAAAGGGAGACGAAGCAGAAGGAAGCAUACACAUAACAAGCAGUUACAUUGAUGUUGAUCUUAAUGAUUGUGAAAUUCAUACCAACCAUUGCAGUAAUAUAGAUAAUACACACCUAAUCUGUAAGAACGAAAAAAGGGAAACCAAAAAUGCACAUCCAGAGGAAAGAGAACAAGUUUUUUCUCCCCCAAAAAAUGUCCCUAAUAGUAGUAGUAGCAGCAGUAGUAGCAGUAGAAGUGGAGAUGAUAAAAAUUUCUCACCGAAUGAAGAGUACGAACAUUUAAAAGUUAAGGAACUUGAAAAAAUUUUACAUAAUUUAGAAAAGUUGUACGAAAAUAAGAACAGCAGAAUUAAUAUAAAUAUAAAAAUAUUAGUAUAUGUGUUUAAAAAUUUUAUACAUAAGAAUAAGGAAUUAAAAAUAAAGAUUUUUUUUUCCUUUAUUUUUUUAUUAUGUUCCAAAAUAUCUAUUAUAUAUACUCCAAUAUUAUUAUCGUCCUUUAUUGAAAAUGUAAAUUUACAAAAAAGUUUAAAUAACAAAUUGGAUUCAUCUUUUUUCAACAAUAACUCCAGUGUAAUGAUUUUACUCUCUUAUGUACUUUCACGCAUCCUAUCGUCAAGUUUAAACGAAUUAAGAAAUAGUGUCUUUAGUACCAUAAGUCAAAGAAUAUCAACUUAUGUAAGUAAGUUAUUUUUUUACAAAAUUCACAAUUUAAAUCUGAGUUAUAUAUUAUCCAAAAAAAAUGGGGAAUUGUCUUUUAUUUUUAAUAGAGGAUGUAAAAGUAUUACAAACUUAUUGAACGUCUUAGUAUUUCAAAUUAUUCCUAUUAUUAUAGAAUUUGUUUUAUAUUUAUAUAUACUAACAUACAAAAUACAUUACAGUGUUUCUCUUGUUACUUGUUUGAAUAUGUUAUUAUACAUCAUUUUUACAACCCUAGUUACGAAAAGAAGAACUAUUAUUAGAAAAUAUAUGAACAAGUCAGAACAAAAUACAUUCAACAUAUUUUUAGAUUCUAUACAAAAUAUAGAACAAGUAAAAUAUUAUACAAAUGAAAUGCAUGAAUUAAAAAAAUUUAUAAAAGAACAAAAAAAAUUUGAAAAAGAAGCUAUUAAUGUUCAAAAAUCUUUAUCUUUCCUAAAUUUUGGACAACAAAUUAUUUUAAAUUUUAAUUUAUUUCUGUGUUUAUAUCUAACUUAUAUAAAUAUAGCUAAUGAUAUAUUCCCAUUUAGUUAUCUCAUAUUAGUGAAUACUCUCCUGUUUCAGCUAGCUAUGCCACUAAAUAUGUUUGGAACCAUUUACAGAGAAACAAAACUUAGUUUAGUAGACAUAGAAUGUAUGAUCAAAAUUCUUGUCAAAAAAAUACAAUCCAUGGAUUACACAAGCAAAUUAGAAAUACAAACUGGAAAUAUCAAAUUUGAAAACGUUUCAUUUAAGUAUCCAAUCUUAGAUGAAAAAAAAAAACAAUCGGAUAUUCAUAUCAAUGGGGAUGAAAAAAAUUCAAAAAAUGAAAAGGGAUUAUUUCUCAACAUCUUUACAAAGUUGAAAAAUAUGCUUUUUUUUCAAAAAAAAUUCAUAAAUCCGAUCAUCGAUUCUGUAAUUCCUCCAAAAAAUGAUGAAAUAAAAAACAAUCUAAAAAGUGCAAUUAAGGAGAAUGUAAAUGCAACUGUAUACCCAUUUAAAAUCCGUUCUCAAAACGGAGAAACCAACAUGAAGGAAAAUAAUAACUACAUUUUCCAAAACUUCACGUGUAACAUAGGACAUGGAGAAAAAGUAGCCAUCAUAGGAAAAAGUGGAUUGGGAAAAAGUACACUUAUAAAACUGCUGCUAAAAUUUUACGAAAUAAAUAGUGGUAACAUAUAUAUUGAUAACAAAAAUAUCAAGAAUAUUAAUUUAUAUACAUUAAGAAAAAGCAUAAGUGUAGUACCACAAGACACCAUACUAUUUAACAACACAAUUUCUUAUAAUAUAAAAUAUGGGAAUUUUCAAUGCACAGAUCAGCAAAUGAUGGAUGCAUGUAUUCAAUCAGAAUUGCAUGAAAAAAUUUUACAAAUGGAUAAGCAAUAUGACACGCUUGUUGGAGAAAGAGGUACCAAAUUGUCUAUUGGGGAAAAGCAAAGAAUAUGCAUAGCUAGAUGUUUUUUAAAAAAUUCCAAAAUUGUUGUUUUAGAUGAACAUGCAAGUAAUCUCGAUAAUGAAAAUAAAAAGUGUAUAGAAAAAGCUCUACAAAAAUUAUGCAAUGGAAAAACUACCUUCUUAAUUACGCACGUAAUGGAAAAUUUACAAAAUAUGGAUAAAAUUAUUUUCUUCAGUGGAAACAAUAACAUAUAUGUUGGUAAUCAUAACGAAUUGAUGACUGGAAAUACAUUUUACCGAGAGUUUUAUGAUUCCAAAAAUAAUCAACUCAUAUGA